AUGCUUCUUUUCCCGCCGCGGUGCCGCUGCGCGACGAUUCGUGGUGCUACUACGCUCGAAAAGUUUAAUUACCUCUGCCAGGUCCGCCAAUCCUGCUCUUCCGCUGCUGGGAUUGGAGGCCGCGCUAGUCGUAGCUAUACUGCUACUGCCGCGAGAGGAUGUUUCACUGGCAGAAAGAAUGGUGGUGAAAGACGUACGGCGGCUACGUUUGAGAGGUCGCCAUGUCUGAAUCAUGUACCAACCACGCCACGUUCGACCAGAAUAUGCUUCAAUCCGAGAAGUACCCUUGGAGAGCAUGGACGAAGAUACGCGACGACAGAAGCAUCAUCUUCGAUUUUCAGCGAGGCGGCAGACUUCGAUCAUGUACCAACAGCCAAACCACCGCCAGCAGCAUCACCAGGCCCUCAACUUCGGGUCGACGAUAGCAAGGCGCUGUUCGAUUUCGACACCAAGCGCGAACAGAUAGAGAGCUUGAUUAAGUAUCGAUUUGAGGAUCCGGAUUACUUGCGGCUGGCGGUGUAUUUUGGAGAUGCACAUAUCGACGAACACACCUUGCCGAGGGCGCAAUUACAACUUGCCCAAGUGGGAAGUGCUGUUCAUACAGUUUUGUAUUUCGCGGAUCAUUUUCCACGGGCCAGUGAAUCACGUGUAGCGGAGCGUCUUGGUCUCGUCGACACGGAGAAUCCGUCUGACUCCAAGAGGCGCCGCAUGUUCGCCACACCAACUUGGCAGUCCCGCCGCGAAUCUAUCUGGAAGAAGGCUACCCUGAUCGAGGCCAUCAUCGGCGCUGUCUAUCUCGACUCCGGAAGAAGUGAUCACACUACAAGGUUGGCCAUUGAUGCGCUAAACCUCGGUGACUUCACUGCCAUUGCUACCGCUUCUGGGGAGAACAAAUCAAAGCUUGAGCCUGACGUGGAGCUGGAUUCGGGAGAAGCCACAGAUUCGACGAAUAGUCCAAUUGCAGAGUUCAAGGAUGUCCCAUCAGAAGGCUUUCUGCCGUCAGGCUUGACGCCUGACAGUGACACGGAGCAGAGAGAAGGCGGGUUGGCCAUAAAUAAUGAUGCCUGUGAAGCAUCUCGUUCGCAGGAUUCCAGACGAAGGCAGAGAAAGUACAUAUUGCGGAAAUUCCUGCCUGCCGGAACCCAGAACUCGACAUUUGAGCAGCUCACUCACGCACUCGCGGCCCGACUCGAAGCUGCUGCAGCUGACGACGACAUACGCAAUCAUCUAGAUGAGAUAACGCAUGCUUUACAUUCUUUUCGGCCUGGGUAUCCUGGUUUUGAAGGCGACCAAAGGAUUCGAAACCAGAUCCGAAGACUUCAAAGUAUUGAGGGCGCGGUGCCGACCGGCGGCAGUACAAAGGCUGGGAAUAAUGGCAAGACGCCCGUGCUACAACACCCUUCUUCAAGUGCAAAGCCUCAUUCACGUUUUACUAUCUCUGGAGCCGACGAGAGAUUGAGCCACGCUGAACUGGCCGCUUCUCCUACGCCCGCCUUGGAGCUCGGACUUGGUAUGGCAUCCAAAUUCAAUUUGGUACGCCAGCGAAUUGAGGGUCUAAUUCAGUACCAAUUCAAGGAUCCGGACUAUUUAAAAGCUGCGCUCGCUCGGGGACCUAUGCGAAUUGGCAUCGGACGGCUGCAGAAACCCCAGGACGAGCUCGCAAUCAUCGGGGACUCUAUUUACAAGGUCGUUUUCUUUUUGAAAGAUUUCCCAUCAGCUGCGUUUGGAGCGUUACAUCGCACGUACAACAAAAUCGCUACCAACGUGCACAUGUGUAAAAGAUCAAGGCGUCUCGGUCUCAGCGAUCUGGUAGAUGGACCGAAACCCAAGUCGCUGACGAAGUGGGAAGCGACGAUGGUUGAGGCUAUCGUCGGCGCAGUCUAUGUCGAUUCUGGCUACAGCUUACCGGCUGUGAUGAAAUCCAUCAGUGCAAUGGAUCUCUUUACACCGACUGGCUUCGGAGUGAUUCAGCACACGGCCGCUACUCGCGGAAAUGACAGCUUGCAGGCUUCGUCAAUCUCGGUUCCGCCCACAGAUGACAAUGUCAAAGAACAAGACAGCACGCCAGGGCCUUCUCUGAGAAGUAAAGGUUACAGUCGAAGACGGCGACUGAGGCGAAACAGACACGGCAUUCUUAGGCCGUACGUGCCCGGCGCCACGAGAGCCAUGAAAACCAGUCAAUUGUUAUCGCGCGUACAGAAGCGGCGGGAGGACCUGAUGGGAGAUCCCAGUCGAGUGGAUGAGCUGCGCGAGGUGGAGCGUGCUCUAGAGGAAUUCCAUGCUGCCAGGGGUGACAGGCGAGCCAAGUCCCCUAAGGAAGGUCAGAGUCCGUCGACAGUAGCCAGUGGCACUGAGCUUGAGGCGGGUGUGCUGAGCGAUGAGGGUGGCAUGAUCGCAGCGGCGAAGAACCUGUAUGCUCAGUUUCAUGUUUGA